CCAGAUGGUGGUGUGGCUGAAGAAAGGGGACCUGCCUCGCGUGGUGACCAGGCACCCCGACUAUAACGAGGAGGAUGAUUACGGAGCCAUCCUGCCGCAGGUGGUGACCGCGGGCACCAUCACCCGCCGGGCGGUGGAGCCCACGUGGCUGACGGCCAGCAAUGCCCGGGUAUGGCCGCGCUGGGGUCCUUGCAGGGGGUGUUUUGGGGCACCCUCUGUGUGUUUUGGAUUGGUGGGAGUGGCCUGGGUUGGAAAUAGGAGCUGGGGCUGCGUUGCUGGGGUUUGAGGCGGCAGGGGUGGUGCUAGGGCUGUCCCCUUGCUGAUGUGCUUUGACUUUGGGAGAGGGGAAGGAGUCAGCAGAGGCUACCGAGCUUCAAAAUUGGUGAAAGGAGAAGAAAAUGCUGAAGCACUGGUUUCUCUCCUUCCCCAAGCUCCCCUUCUUCCA